CGUAUCGGGAAGUUUGUUGAGAAGGUUGUCGUUGAACUUUAAGUCGAACGGUUGAUAAAAAAUAUUCAUCUGACGCAGAUCGAAUUCCGCCAGAUUUAUGGGUGUCAUGCGUUCUCUUAGAAAAUAUUCCAAUCAAAAGCAUCACUUAUCAUUCGUUGGUCAAUUGGUGUACACGGCAUGUUUCAUAUCGUCUUGUGUGACCGUUACAAUACUGAUCGCGUCGUAUGAAACGAAAAAUAACACCAAUAUUGAUGAUCAAUUUGAACCGGGCCCUCAGAGCAAUGAUCAACUUCGGGUCGAUUGGCACGAUUACGAGCUUCUCCAACGGGAAGUCGCCAGAAGCGGUCCCGGCGAGCAAGGCGUUCCGGUUGUUCUGAAAAGCAAAAAGGACAUCAAACUGAACCGAAGGCAGGAACUUCGGUACGGAUUUUGGCCAGGCGUGAGCGAUAUGAUUGCCCUCAAUCGAUCGAUUGCUGAUCUUCGUCAUCCAGGCUGCCGGGAUAAACUUUACCCACUCGAUCUGCCGAGUGUAAGCGUCAUCAUUCCGGUGUACAAAGAGCGCUUGAGUACGCUACUCAGGACAUUGCACAGUUUGUUCAAUCGAACCCCGCCAGAGCUGCUGAAAGAGGUUAUUUUGAUCAACGAUAACAGUUCAGAAAACCCGCCCUUCAAAACCUACGUCGAUUUGCAUUUCCCACCAACAAAAGUUAAACUGAUCAACCUGCCGGAGAGAGUUGGAUCCAUCAAGGCCCGGAUGAAGGGCGCCCAAGCUGCCACCGGAAGUGUUCUAGUUUUUGCUCAAUCCCACAUCGAGGUCAGUACCAACUGGCUGCCUCCCCUCAUUGAACCCAUUGUGGAGAACCACCGAACCUGUGUCGUUCCCCAGAUCGAUGCCAUAGAUGCGAAAACGUUUGAGAACUACGGCAUGGGAACCGCCAAAAGGGGCAUAUUCGACUGGAAUCUUUCCUUCAAGCGGGUACCCUUACGGGAGGAGGAAAAAGCAGACCCCAUGGAACCGUAUCCCAGUCCUGUGAUGUCUGGGAAGGUGUUUGCAAUCAGUGCCAAAUACUUUUGGGAACUGGACGGACUCCCGGAAGGGCUAGAAAUGAGUCGAGGCGAAGAGUACGAUCUGAGUUUUAAAAUAUGGCUUUGUGGUGGACAACUCUUGGAGGCUCCUUGUUCGAGGGUAGCUCAUGUGUUGAAAACCUAUUAUGAAGCAACUCCUUUGCAUUUGAAGGAACGAAACUACAAACGUAUUGCAGAAGUUUGGAUGGACGAGUACAAAUUGUUUGUUUAUGACAGAAAUCCAGUGUAUCGAAGUCUUGACAUCGGUGAUAUUAGCGCAGAGAAAACGAAAAGGGAAAAUCUUAAAUGCAAAUCUUUUAAAUGGUUCCUGAAUAAAGUGGCGCCAGAUAUUCAAAAACAUUACCCGAUGAUUGACCCGCCACCGUUCGCAUCCGGGGUGAUACAGAAUGUGGCCUAUCCGGAAGUAUGUCUGGAUACGCUGGACCGCAGACCGGGUCAGAGAAUAGUGCUCAAUCAGUGUUCCGAGAACAGAACUCAUCCCAUAAAAACGCAAAAUUUUCGGCUCAGUUACUUUCGAGAUAUCCGGACGACGGCUUUCGAUACCUGCCUAGAUGGGUCGAACAAUUCGGAGGUCCUUCUGUACAGAUGCCACGAGGAACAGGGAAAUCAGAUGUGGCAGUAUUCACUGGAAAGCAAAAACAUAUUCCUAGGCAAAAUCGAACGAAAUCAGUGCUUGGAUAUCGUUGACAGUAAGCCAGUAACGACAUAUUGUGACGAUCAGAAGUCCACCCAAAAAUGGAUGUGGGGUUACGCCAACGUUCGAAGGUUAAACAAAUGGCGUCACUAUGGAGCUAAGUUAAUUGAAGUAUACUAA